AUGGUGCGGCUGGGCGAGUACUCACUCAACCUGGUCGGCGCAGGCGGUCAGCUGCUGCCUGAGGUUCAGCACAACGGCAGGGCAUACGCGGUGGCCUCGCCUGGCGACCCCUUCACAGUGCGCUUGGCGCAGCGCCCGGGCUACAGCAAGCUAGACGGCAGCCACAGAAUGGCCAAAUUGUUCAUGGACGGAGUGUAUGUGGGGUACAACAAGGUGUUCGAGAAGCCCAGGUUCGGCGACUUCGAGGGCUUUCUGAAGGCUGGAGAUGCGCACGGCACCGCCUACCAGUCCUUUGUGUUCAGCAAGCCAGUGGAGACGGCAGCCAAGCAGGUCACGGGCCUCAACUUCCAAGAAGGCAGCAUUCGGUGCCAGGUGUACCGAGCACAGUUCACUGGGGACCGGGCGGCGCUGCCACGGUACUAUGGACCGGACUCCACCAACGAAUCCAUCGCCAAGAUGCCCGAGGGCAAGAAGUUCUUCUUGGCGCCCUCGCUGACCACCGGCAAGGGCGAGCUGAAGCUGGGAUCCGGCUUCGACACCCGCACCUUCAUCAUGCUGGAUGGAGGCCAGCCCACGGCGGAGCUGGAGCUGCGGUACGAGACCGCCGCCACGCUGCUGCUGCGCGGCAUCCUGAAGCGCGACAACCCAGCGCACCGCGCCAUCCUGCAGCAGUUCCCAGACACGGCGGAGCGAGAGGAGGGGGAGGAGAAUGAUGAGAGUGCGGCGGGGCCCUCGCGCGGUGCGGCGUCGGGGGCGGGGCGCAAGCGGCCGCUCAAGCAGCAGCAGCAGCAGGCUCAGCGGCAGGCAGCGGCCACGCGGGCCUUCGACGAGGAUGACGAGGUGCUGGCGGCCAAACGGGCGGACAAGGUGCUGGAAUGUGACCUGACGGCGGAAGGGGAGGGACCCGAGUGGCGGGCAGUGCAGAAGACGGUGCACGGGUUGUGA